CACCUUAGUUAUCAUGUUCUACGGCUUGGCGUGGCUAAUAGGCGACGUCGUUGUUCCAGACCAAACCCUAACCAUCGACCCGACCAUCGUCUACUCCGAGGUCAAGGGGUUCAAAGUAGACGGGGCAUCACUAGAAUGCGCCGUGUGCUUAAGCGAAUUCGGAAAAGCAGAAAAGCUCCGGUUGCUCCCGGUAUGCAGCCACGUGUUUCACCCCAGCUGCGUCGACCCGUGGCUAUCCGCCCACGCCACGUGCCCGCUUUGCCGGUCCAACCUUGCCCCGGAACACGACGAACGUCGCCAAACCCGUUAUUUCACUUUCCUAAGCCGUGACCCGGAGCCGGAACCGGCUGGCUUGGUGGGGAUAAAUGAUAGUACGACCUUUGAAAGGGUGAGGUGUUCGAGGAAGGGGUACAGGAGUGGAAGUGGGGGGAUUCGUAAGUUGGGGUUUACGGCGACUUCGUCGCGGGAAGUGGUGGUUGUGGACGGUGGCGAGGAGGUGACCGCGGUGGCACCAAGGUCGUUGUUGGAGUGCGUUACGAUGCCGUUGCGUCGGCUGGUUUGGGAGAGUGGUGAGAGAAACAAGGAGGUUGUUGAAGGUGGAGAGCGGUCAUUAAGAUUGGACGACGGUGGUGUGGUUUAGGCGGGUUGGUUACUUGGUGGUUAGUUUUGAGAGCUCGGUCGAUCUUUUUUCGUUUAUUUCUUUCU